CAUUUUCCGAGAAAAAUACCCGCCAAAACAAAAAUCCCCUCACUUCAAACCCUAAUUUCACUCUCCAUCAACUCAAUUCAAGUUUCAUAUUCACCAUUUCAUCACAAAAUUCUCACUGAAGACCUAGGGUUUCGACUCAGCAAUGCCGUCACAGGCGUCGCCGGGAAAAAUCCACCGGCUGGAACUCGAGAAUUUCAAGUCCUACAAAGGAUUUCAAUCAAUUGGCCCAUUUUACGACUUUACAGCGAUUAUAGGACCAAAUGGAGCAGGAAAAUCUAACCUAAUGGAUGCAAUCAGCUUCGUCCUUGGAGUUCGUACGGGUCAACUUCGAGGUGCACAGUUGAAGGACUUAAUUUAUGCUUUUGACGACCGUGAAAAGGAGCAGAGAGGUCGAAGAGCUUUCGUGAGGCUAGUUUAUCAGCUUGCUAAUGGUACGGAAAUUCAGUUUACGCGUGCUAUUACGAGUGCUGGUGCUAGUGAGUAUCGGAUUGAUGGGAAAGCUGUUAAUUGGGAUGAGUAUAAUGCCAAAUUGAAGUCCCUUGAUAUUCUGGUUAAAGCGCGGAAUUUUCUUGUCUUUCAGGGUGACGUUGAGUCUAUUGCAUCCAAAAAUCCAAAAGAACUCUCUGCACUCCUUGAGCAAAUAUCUGGAUCUGAAGAGUUCAAGAGACGCUAUGAUGAAUUGGAAGAAGAAAAAGCAAGAGCUGAAGAAAAGAAGGCACUUGCUUACCAGAAAAAGAAAACUGUAACUAUGGAGCGAAAACAGAAAAAGGAACAGAAAGAAGAAGCUGAGAAGCAUCUUCGUUUACAAGAUCAACUGAAAUCUUUGAAGCAAGAAUAUUUUCUUUGGCAAUUAUUCAACAUAGAAAAGGAUAUUGCUAAGACAAACGAGGAACUUGAUGCCGAAGAAGCAAGAGUCAAAGAAAUUGUGGAGAAACUUGGGGAAUAUGAAAGUGAAUCUAGCAGAAAGAAGAAAGAACUAAGCGGAUACAUGAGAGAAAUUGCAUUGCGCGAGAGGAAGAUUGCAGAUAGAAAAAACAAACUUGACAAGAAUCAACCUGAUCUUGUAAAGUUAAAGGAAGAAAUAUCGCGGAUUACUUCAAAAAUCAAAAGUACAAGUAAAGAGCUUGAUAAGAAGAGAGAUGAAAAAAGAAGACAUACAGAUGAGGUGAAGAAGCUUCAAAAUGACUUGAAGGACAUUACAAAGCAGCUGGAUGAGUUGCGUCAAAGAAGUCGAGAUGCAGGGGGGAAACUUCAGUUAGCUGACAGUCAAUUGGAGACAUAUCACCAAAUUAAAGAAGAGGCUGGCAUGAAAACUGCGAAACUAAGAGAUGAGAAAGAGGUCUUGGAUAGGCAGCAGCGUGCUGAUAUUGAUGCUCAGAAGAAUCUGGAAGAAAAUCUUCAGCAGCUUGAAAAUCGGAAGCAUGAGCUUGAGUCUCAGGAGAAACAGAUGCAAACAAGGUUGAAGAAAAUUCUUGAUGCAGUUAAGAAGCAUGAUGAAGAACUGAAACGGGUGAAAGAAGAACAGCGUGAAAUGAAAAAUAAACUUCGACGCUCCAGAGAAAAACAUGACAAUCUGCGCAAACGACUUGAUGAAGUAGAGGACCAACUACGUGAGUUGAAGGCUGAGAGACAUGAAAAUGAGAGAGAUGCCAGAUUGUCUCAAGCAGUUGAAACGCUGAAGCGUCUGUUUCCUGGUGUUCAUGGUCGAAUGACAGAUCUCUGCAGGCCAACACAUAAGAAGUAUAACCUUGCUGUAACAGUUGCAAUGGGCAGAUAUAUGGAUGCAGUAGUAGUUGAGGAUGACCAAACAGGAAAAGAAUGCAUCAAGUAUUUGAAAGAGCAAAGACUUCCUCCUCAGACAUUUAUACCUCUUCAGUCGGUCCGUAUAAAGCCAGUAGUUGAGCGGCUGCGCACAUUGGGUGGGACUGCAAUGCUGGUUUUUGAUGUCAUACAAUUUGAUCCAGCAUUGGAGAAGGCUAUAUUAUUUGCUGUUCAGAAUACCAUUGUUUGCAAUGACUUAAAAGAAGCUAAGUAUCUUAGCUGGGAUGGUGAGAGACUUAAAGUUGUGACUCUUGAUGGGAUUUUGUUAACAAAAUCUGGUACAAUGACUGGUGGUACUAGUGGUGGAAUGGAAGCACGCUCUCACAAAUGGGAUGACAAAAAAAUUGACGGUCAGUUGUGUUCGUUAUCCAUGUGUCUGGUUGGUUGCAUAGUCCUGAUUCCUUUUCCCCGGUUUGUAGGGCUUAAGAAGAAAAAAGAAGGUCUUGAGUCAGAGUUGGAGGAGCUUGGAUCAAUAAGGGAGAUGCAGCUUAAGGAGUCUGAAGCAUCUGGCAGAAUCAGUGGACUUGAGAAAAAGAUUCACUAUGCUGAGAUUGAAAAGAAAAGUAUUGCAGACAAACUUCAAAAUUUAGAACGCGAAAAGGGGAGUAUUGAAAAUGAAAUUGGACAUAUCCAGCCUGAACUUGAGCAGUUGAACAGAAAAAUUGAUGCAAGGGCACAAGAGAUCUUAUCGCGAGAGAAAAGGAUCAAUGACAUUGUUGACAGAAUCUACAAAAAGUUCAGUGAAUCCGUUGGGGUGAGAAAUAUUAGGGAGUAUGAAGAAAAUCAGCUCAAAGCUGUUCAGGAAAUGUCUGAAGAAAGGCUCAAUUUACAUAAUCAACAAUCGAAGCUUAAGUCACAGUUGGAAUAUGAGCAGAAGCGGGACAUGGAUUCACGAAUUGUAAAACUGGAAUCAACCCUUAAUAACUUAAAAGAGAAAUUAAAGGAGGUUGAGACCAAGGAGGCGGAUCUGAAGUCGUCCAUGGAGAAAGCUACAAAGGAGAUAGACGAUUACAAGGAAGAAGUAUUAGCAUGGAGGUCCAAAUCAGAAGAAUGUGAAAAGCAGCUGCAGGAGUGGCAGAAAAAGAUUUCUGCUGAAACAACUAGCAUUAGCAAACAUAACCGUCAAAUUAAAUCAAAGGAGGCACAGAUUGAACAACUGAAUUUAAAAAAGCAGGAAAUAUUGGAGAAAUGCGAACUGGAGCAAAUAGAACUGCCCACUAUCUCUGAUCCAAUGGAUACUGGAGAGUCUACACCUGGCCCUGUUUUCGAUUUCAGUAAACUGAAUAGAAUGUAUCAGCAGAUUACGAAACCCGCUGAAAGGGAGAAACGUGAGGUGGAUUUUACUCAGAAAAUUGCUUCCUUGAUGUCAGAGAUAGAAAGAACUGCUCCAAAUCUGAAGGCCCUUGAUCAAUACAAAGAUCUGCUGAAAAAGGAGGAAGAUGUUAAUAAAGAAUUUGAAGUGGCCAAAAAUGAGGAGAAGAAAGUUACUGAUGAAUAUAAUAGAGUUAAAGGGGCCAGGUGUGAAUUGUUUAUGAAAGCUUUCAAUCACAUAUCUGGCAAAAUCGACAAGAUAUACAAGCAACUCACAAAGAGCAAUACACAUCCUCUCGGUGGGACAGCAUAUCUUAACUUGGAUAAUGAAGAUGAGCCAUUUUUACAUGGUAUCAAGUAUACCGCUAUGCCCCCAACAAAACGAUUUCGGGAUAUGGAACAGCUUUCAGGAGGAGAGAAGACGGUUGCAGCACUUGCAUUGCUUUUUGCUAUCCACAGUUUUAGACCUUCUCCAUUCUUCAUACUGGAUGAAGUUGAUGCUGCAUUGGAUAAUCUGAAUGUUGCCAAAGUUGCUGGAUUCAUUCGAUCAAAGUCCUGUGGAGGUGCUAGGCUUACUCAGGAUCCUGAAGAAGGAUGUGGCUUCCAAAGCAUUGUUAUCUCUCUCAAAGACAGCUUUUAUGACAAAGCUGAAGCUUUGGUUGGUGUUUACAGGGAUGCCGAGAGAGGUUGCUCGAGCACAUUGACAUUUGAUCUGACCAAGUACAGGGAAUCGUGAAAGUCCAACCUCUUGUUCUCUGGAGAUGUAGUUCACCGAUGUUUAGAUCUUUGGUGGUGGUUAAUAUAACAGUUCAAAUGUAGUGUAGAUUGGUAUAUAAGUGAUCUUUAACAUUAUAUACAUACAUGUUCCCAGUCGUUUGAAGUUUCACAACGCUGUUGCUACACGCCAAUAGUGGCUAGUAUCUGAAUGUAUUUUAGUACUUGUGAUUUGAAGAA